AUGAACUCGAAAAAACAUAAAAACAAAAACCGUGCUAAGGUGAAUCCGACGCCAGUGCAAAAGCAAGAUAUCGCUGAAAUCGCCAAAAUUGAGGAUAUAUUACCGGUAAAAGAUCCGGAACCAGAGGUCAAUAAUGAAGAAAUAGUACCAGUGAAGGGAGAAGUUAAGAAAACUCUGGAUACUUCAAACGAAGAAAAUUUGCAGGAGCUUAAGGAAUCUCUUACUGAAUCUUUGAUUGGUGACUCACCAGUCAAACCCAAGAGACUUAAGGGUAAGAAAAAAAAACAUAAUGUUACCCUCGAAAGCGAUCAAGAUAACAAGGUGGAUAAUAAACAGGAGGACAAAGUCAGUCAGAACGUCCAAGAGAUUUCUGAAAUUAAUUUACCUGAUAACACUACUCAAGAGCUUUCGGAUGUCCAACCAUGUGCGCGAAAGAAGAAAAAUAAAACUAAAAGACAAACUCCGACCACAAACGAGGACAUCAUAGAAAGCAAGUUUGAUGCAGAGGCCAGAAUCAACAUGGACGAUACUGAAGAGAAAAGAAAAGACACAGCUGAAGCUGAAGGGAACGUUUCAAAGAAAAAGAAUAAAAAGAAAAAGCGUAGGCUUGAUUCUGAAAAAUCUGACAAGGUAGAAGAACAAAUGUCAUGUACGGCGGCUUUCAAGGAAUUAGUUGAUGCACAAAAUGAUAAAAAUGUUUUAAUUGACGCAAUAGAAGAUGUGAAGGAACAUGCUAUUGAAAAUGCAGAAAAUAUAGAAAUAACUUCAAAGGUUGAAGAUUUUUCUGAGCAGGAUGUAGCUAAAAGCGAAGAUUUCAAAGUACAAAAGAAAAAAAAGAAAGAAAAGAAGUAUCCUCUUAAGGCCAAAGAGGAUAGUAACUAUAGCGAAAAUAAAGUUGAUCAAAAAGGUGCUGAAAGUUGUGAUGUUAUUCAACCCACGAUGACAGUACGAAAACAAGACAGUACGAAAGGUGAUGAAGUUCCUAACAAACUUUUUGAGCAAACAGGGCACAUAACAGAAAAACCAUUACAAGGAGUUGUGGCUGCGGAAAUAGGACCAAAAGAUAUUCUGGAACGUACAGAGUCAAUGUGUGAAAACUUAGAGGUUAGUAAUAAGUUAGUGAAAACAAGUGAUGACUCUUCUCUAGUUCCUAAAGACUCUAUGCAAAAUCUAAAUGCUACGCCGCUACUGUCGGAAACAGGAAGACUAAACGAAAUUCCAGUACAUGAUAUCUCCAAAGAAAAAAAUAUUUAUAGUACCAGCUCAAGUAAAACAGAAGAAAACGUAGUUAUUAAUGAGAAAGACAAAGAAUCUGCGAAUAUUUUAGUGAAUGUUGAAGAAAUGUCAGAAAAAGAUCAAUUAAAUGCAACAGAACAUAGCACAAAACUUGCCAGCUUAUCCGGACCACCAGAUAAAGCACAAAUUCCUAAAAGUGUGACUGAUGACUUUAGUCAACAAGAUAAGAAAAAUGAUGAUACCUUACAAGAAGAAAUUUCUGAAGGGAAAACUGAAGAAUCAAUUGAUACAAAAGAGUUUUGUGAUCAUACUCCUGAUUUUAUCCACAUACCACGUUCAAGCAGUCAUCAACUUUUGGAUGAUAAUAACAAUAACACGCGUAUUCAAGAAAUAACAGGAAACGACGAACUAAAACUUGGUAUUCCUGUUUUGACAUCUAGCAUUAUACAAGGCUCUGGUGAAACGCCUGUAUCAACGCCGAAAGUCAUGGCGACUGGUAUUAGCGUAACGGAAAUAGAAAGUAUACCGAACAGAAAUCAAGAAAAAACCGAUCUAAAAUCGAAAAUGAUGGAGGUGAAUCAGGAUCUAGAGGAAUUAAAAAUGUCUUUGGAAAAAUCUUUAGCCGGUUUGAACGUCUUAGAAAAGAGUGAGCAAAGUUUCAACGAAAAUAGAUCAGGUGAGAAUAAUGUUACAAAAACUGGAGACGCUAGCAAGACCACAAACAAUUCGAAGGACGGAGGCAAAAUUUAUAAACCUUUAGCAGAUCGAUUGAACGAAAUUGAAAAUAAAUUUGCCCCAACAGAUUUAAAACUUUCCGAAGAUACUUUUGAACACCAACCAAAUACUGAACAAUUUUCAGCAUCUUCGGAUAUUGAAACACCGCCCGUUUGUCCAUCGCGUAAAGAUCGUAAAGGCAAAAGCAAGGCUAAAAAGAGGGGAAGGAGAGAGCCCGAACCAUAUACAACGCAAGCAACUAGCGUUAGUUGUGAAACGAAACAAGAAUCUAAUACUGAGAAGCAGCAAGAAACUGAACAAAAGACAAAAGACUGUGAAGGAAAAGACAAAAAGCAAGCCUGUAGUGACAAUGAAAAUACCAAGCAGCUAUCGUCAGAGUUGCAAUUUGAACCAAUUGAAAAUUUCGAAGAUGCUCUGUCAUCUAGUCCGGAUGACGUGGACAUAAAUAAAACUUUCGAAAUCAUUGCAAAGGAAUUAGACAAGCGCCCCCAAAACGACCAAAAUCUUAAAGAUUCAGUUCAUGUAUACCCAUCAGAAAUAGAAAUUAAUAUAACACCUCCGGCAGAAGACGGUGAAAAGGAGAAAGAGGAUAAAAACGUCAAUCACGCGUCGCAGCCAAAAAACUUAUUAGGCCGCCCCAACAUUCCUGUGUCAUCGAUGCAUUUAAAAGAUCAAAAACAUAUCUACGCUGACGCAAAAAACAUCUCCGGCCAAAACUAUCGACUGAUAAGGAUGCAGAUGAUUCUAUCGUGCGAGAAAAUGUUGAAAAGGAAGCUCUGGCCUUGGGAACAGGAGGCGCUACUUUAUCCGAGGAUGUGCGCCGACGUGCGAUGCAGGGAAUGGAAACAGUCGAAGUUGACGGAUUGCGAGGGGUGCGGCCAGGUGUCAUUCUGCAAUGAACACCCAGACCAUUUGCCGCUGAGCCACCAUCGAUGGUGCAAGUCGUAUGCGCUGUACCAGAAGCUGGUACUGUACCAGCAGUCGAACGGCAGGCUGGAGCCGAAGCUGCCGCGAAUGGUGAUGGUGGGAAGCUUCGUGGUCCCGGAUAAGAUUAACGAAGUACUCGCUACGAUGUAUGAAGAGAAAAUUGAUAUGUCGGAUAUCCAGUAUGCUGCGCUGACUCAAGUGGCAACCGCCCCCUUGACCACCGCUUACUGCUAUCAAAUCUACCGUCAAUUAGUCAGCUGCACUAACGGUUUAUGUAAGAAGCCGACCUUCACCGUACACUUUGUCGGAGCGGAGUUGCAGUUCGAAGCAGACUCGCUGAACAAGUGGGAAGUGUUUCUUCUCCAUAUCAAGCCUGAAGUUAAGGAUCUUCAUGUAGCCCUCAUAGGAGUCGAUCUGAACCCCUCAAAUUUACCACUACACUUGCUGGGAAAGAUCAAACUCUGCGACAAUUGCCGCGAAAGCAAGCGCCGGGUGCAUUUCAGUUUCCAGGACAAGAUGACCUACCGCGACUUCUGGGCAAGUGACGAAUUCACAGUGCCCGAUAUAGUUUGCGCGUUCAAUGCUGGCGUGCACAGAUCUUUAAUGUACCAUGGAAGCGACGUCUGGUCAUCAACAAUCAACUGUGUACUGAAACAGAAGGUCCCGUUUCUGAUAACCGCCUACACUCUAGAAGAACUGAUGAGGGAUCUGGAGUGCGCUAAGAGCUAUGCAGAAGUUGACUACAAGCUGAUAUCGGAGCCAAGGCUCAACCCGUUCGCGAGCGUACGACCAGAUCGGAAUUUCAUAACUGAUGAAGAAACGCCCCUCAUUUUCAAGAAUUACUGCUUUUCUGUUUUGUGUGGUAUC